AUGUCCCUGCGUCUCGCCCUCCCCGCCCUCCGUGCUGUGCCACGCACAGCACCCAAGUCGUUCGCACCCAAGCAGUACCACUCGUUUUCGACCACCGCGACUGCCCGCACAGCCACCGUCGCGUCGGCAGGUGCUGGCGCCGUCCCCGCCAUGACGGUUCGCCAGGCAUCUAGCGGUGGCAGCCGUGCAGGACCUAGCUUUAGCCGCCGCUGGGGCACUCGUCUUGCGUUUGCUCUCGCUCUUCCCACCGCCUUCCUCGUGGGAGCACUCUACCCUCCUCAGCUCGUCCUCAUCUUCAACCCCCGCUACUCCCCUCCCCCUCCGACCGCAGACAGCAAGCACGGAAAGUCGCUCAUGGAGGAGACUGAGCGCGAGCUGCAGGAGCUGUUUGUUGUGGCCAAGAUGCGCAACAAGGAGGAGUGGUACGAGACGCGCCCAUACCAGCGCUUCGACCCCAACAAGAUCCACAACAGCCUCACUGCCGGCUCGCUCCGUGGACCUGGCAAGCUUGCCGUCCCGCCCAUCGCUUUCGCCAAGCACGACGAGACCCAAGCUCUCGUUGUCCUGCACCUUGGUCGCGCACUCUGUGGUCACGACGGUAUCGUCCACGGUGGCCUCCUCGCCACUGUCUUUGACGAGACUCUUGCCCGCAAUGCGCUCAUGAACAUUCCCUCGCACAUUGGUGUGACUGCCAACCUGAACAUCAACUACCGCUCGCCCUGCAUGGCCGACCAGUUUGUUGUUGUCCGCACCCAGCUCGAGCACAAGCAGGGCCGCAAGGUCAACGUGAGCGCCACCAUGGAGACUCUGGACGGCGAGCGCAUCGCCGAGGCCAGCGCCCUCUUCAUCGAGCCCAAGUGGGCCCAGUUCCUGCAGUCCUCCGGUGUCACCGAGGCCCUCGGUGCUCCCUCGCCCAACUCCAUUGCGGCCGAGGAGCACCAGGUGUGA